AUGACGAUUCCAAGUUUAAAAUCAACCAAUUUAUUCAAACCUCUUCAAAUUGGUAAUAUCUCUUUGAAACAUAGAGUAACCCAUUUACCAACUACUAGAUUCAGAGCCACGGCUGAACAUGUCCCAACUGAUUUACAAUUGAAAUAUUAUACUGAUAGAUCGAUUGCUCCAGGUACUUUAUUAAUUACUGAAGCCACAUUUGUGUCUGAAAAAUUAGGAUUAUAUCGUAAUGUUCCUGGUAUUUGGAAUGAAGAACAAACCAAAGCUUGGAAAACGAUUGUUGAUUCUGUUCAUGAAGCUAACAGUUUCAUUUCUAUUCAAUUAUGGUCAUUAGGUAGAACUGGUGAUCCCAAAUUUUUAAAAGAAAGAGGAUUAGAUUUCAUUGCUCCAUCUGCUAUUUAUUUCGAUGAAGCUUCUCAAAAAGCUGCUGAAGAAGCAGGUAAUCCAAUUCGUGCUUUAACUGAAGAUGAAAUCCAUGAUAUUAUCUAUAAUCAAUUCCCUAAUGCCGUUAAAAACUCUAUCAAAGCUGGUUUUGAUAUUGUUGAAUUACAUAGUGCUAAUGGUUAUUUAUUAGAACAAUUCCUUCAACCUACUUCUAAUCAAAGAACUGAUAAAUAUGGUGGAUCCAUUGAAAACAGAACCAGAAUCGUGUUAGAAAUCGUUGAUAAUUUAAUUAAUAAUGAAGGUAUUGAUCCAAAACAAUUGGCUAUCAGAUUAUCUCCAUUUAACACUUAUCAAGGAUCAUUAGCUGAAAAGGAACCAACCCAUCCUAUUGCAACCUAUGGUUACUUGGUUUCUGAAUUACAACAACGUGCCUUGAAAGGUCAAGAAUUAGCUUACUUAUCCGUAGUUCAAAAUGCAGGUUCAAAUGUUGAUUUCAUUAAUCAAAUCUGGACUGGAAAAAUCGUCAAAUGUGGAUUCUAUUCCACCCAAGAUGAUUACACAAAUGUUAUUAAAGAUGUGGAAGCUGAUGAUCGUACUGCCAUUGGAUUUGGUAAAAAAUUCAUUGCUAAUCCUGAUUUAGUCGAAAGAUUAAGUAAUGAUCAAGAAUUAAAUGCUUUCGAUGCAAGUACUUUCUAUGGUUAUACUAACUAUGGUUAUAACACUUAUCCGACCUUAAAUGAAAUUGGUAAACUUGAAAUUGAUGAAGAAGCUGAAAAGAAUCAUUUUGGUAAAGCUUUAGCUUAG